GGGGAUGCCGGGACUGUUUGGGUGAAAAAGCACCCCAGAGAUCGCAGAUCCCUCUGCCCUGGGCGGGGACGCCUUCCAGUAAACCGAGUUGCUCCGAGCCCCAUCCAGGCUGACACAGGAUAACCGUGCUUGAGCAGAGAGCUGUAGCCCAAGCACCCGAGUAUCUUUAAGACCUCCAGCCCUCUGUGUCUCCUUGCCUGUCAGAAUGUCUGGAUGUGGAAAGAAACAAGCAGUGGCUGGCAACCCUGGAAGUGCACCAAAGAGAAGCAAAGCAGCCAAGGCAGGUCUGCAGUUCCCUGUGGGUCGUAUCUACAGACUCCUCCGGAGAGGGAAGUACGCUCGCAGGGUUGGUUCUGGCGCUGCCAUCUACCUGGCUGCAGUGCUGGAGUACCUGACAGCAGAGGUCCUGGAGCUGGCAGGGAAUGCUGCCCGUGAAAACAAGAAGACAAGGAUCAUGCCCAGGCACAUUCAGCUGGUUGUGAGCAAUGAUGAUGAGCUGAACAAGUUCUUUGCCGGUGUGACCAUUCCUCAAGGCGGAGUUAUGCCAAAUAUCCAUGCUCAGCUCCUUCCAAAGAAAACUAGUGGAAAUGUUGCUUCUUCUCAAGAAUAUGGUGGCAGCCAGUGAAGCUUGCUUUUGUGGGUCUGUGCACUUACGGAUGAUGGGACUCAGUACCACUAAUUUGUAUGUGUUUACUUCUUUGUCAAGUAUUUUUCCCUGCUAAUUCUAAGGCAUUUUUGAAGUGUGUAAUAAAGUUUCUUGAGUACAA